UCCAUAACAUUUAAAUUGUAUUGUUGACUGUGGAAAAAAAAAGGGUUUCAACUGUUAGGGAAAAGGGAUUCUGGAUUUCAGAUGAUUCUCUACAAUUUGCUGAAGUAAAGGGUGAAUCUGUGAAUGGAAAAUCCUCAUUUAAAUGGUAAUAUUGUGGAUACAUAUAGUGCUUUCCUAUAGGACCAGUCGGAAAGGACAGAAUGCUAUGAACUUAAAAUGGAUCGAACAAGAUGAAAUUUUGCAUACCUUCUAAGGGAUAUAAAGAUUGAAUGUGAAAAGCCGUUUAUGUGUUCUCUGCAUUUAGUUUCCUGUAUGGAUCCUUUACAUAAAUUCUACUUCACAACAAUGGUUUCCUAACUGUUAUAAGGAGAUUCAAAGUUUGUGUACUUAAAACAAAAUUUGCAUCAAUAUUUCAAAAUUUUGUGAUGAAAUGAAUUUAUCAACAACAAUGCAUUGUAAUAGAACAAGUUCAUUGACACAGGCCACGUUUGGCAAUAUUGGAAUAUGGAACCAUUCAUCGAGAACAUCAAGUAGAUGGUUGUUUCACAACAGUACUUCCUCAAAAACAUUUUAUUCGAGUAAGGAGAUGAAUCAAAGGAAUAACGAAGGUGUAAUUUCCCAGAGGACGUCUUGUCUGUCAUGGAGGAGAAGUUGCGUGCUUAGGUUAUACAACCCAGCUGUCUCAUUAUUUGUACUCUUACUCAUUUCAGGACUUGCAGUCAGUACCACCGCAGCGGAGAAAUAUAUCGACAUCGAUGCCUACAUCAGAUACAACUCUGUCUCCGACGCCAGCCUUAACCAACUUAGGGGUGCUGAGCAGGUGCUAGAGUUCAGCUUCCGGUACUGCCAUGAUCCAGGGAUGCUGAUCUACCAGGAGGGGGGUAACACCGAAGCAGAGAGGGGUCUUUUCUUCGCCCUGGGGGUUAAUAAUCAGAGGCUUUAUCUAGAAUGGAAGGUGGAAGCAGAUUCACUGGUAGAGCUGUAUAUCGGAGAUGGUACAUUAGAACCCAACGUGACAUAUAGCGUGGCCAUCUUCAAUCUUGGAAGUGCAUUCACCGGAACGACCUUUGCCACCAUUAACAACGUUGCUGCCCCGGUCAAUUACUUGACCCCUGAAUCCCAGAGUGCGCUGGACAUGACCCGAAUACUUGGGGUACUGUACAUCGGGGGCUACAGUGAUAUCACUGAAUUGAGGGUGAAUACUGAGAGACUAAAUGGCUACCUGGUGACCUGUAUCGGCUACAUCAAGACCAGUUCCAACCUCCUGGACCUGGACACUGCCUCCAGUCUGGUCGGUAUCAAGGAGGGGUGUCCGGGGGACUUCUGCGCCCCUCCCACCGUCAUCACCCUCCAGACCAGCUCCUCGUACCUUGCUGUGGACCAGGAUCUGUCGCCGGGGACCCACACGGUCCUGACGCUGAGGUUUAGAACAAGGGUCUCUACUGGAAUGAUCUUCUACUUUGGAGGUCCAGCAUACCUGACGUUAUACAUGAAAGAUGGUAGACUAGUCCUGGGUUUGAAUACAAGGGGGACUGGUGAAGGGGCCUUCAACACAACAACGAUUUCUGGUUUUGAUAAUGGAGAGUGGCACUAUGUGAGGAUAAGAAGAGAUGGAGCGAUUGCAUCUCUGGAGGAUGAUGCAGGAACAAAGCUAGCCAGAGUCACUUACUCUGGUUUAGCCCAGACCCUGAAUGCCGGAGAGCUCUUCAUAGGUGGUGUCCGAGAUACUAACACCAUCACCCAACCCUUCCCAGAAACCAAUCUUCCAUCGUUGAGGGCGUGCUUCAAAGAGCUUCGCUUUGUCACCUAUAGCAUCUCCUCGGAACCCCCAGAGUUGAUUGAUUUUGAUACCCAGUUCACAUCAGAAAGGAAUGUCACCCACGGUGGGUGCUACCCCUCCCAGCUGUGUGAGCCGACCUGCCCCGCCCCCUCCCAGACGUGUGACUUUGACUGCAGCUGUGCCCCUGGGUUCCGUCAGGUCUCCAGCGCCCCCCUCUCAUGUGAAAACAUCAAUGACUGUUUACUGGAUCCUUGUCUUAAUGGUGCAACCUGUAUAGAUGGUAUACAGGAUUAUACAUGUCAAUGUACAUUUGAAUUCAAUAAGGGAAAGAACUGUUCCAUCCCAAACUUCUGCAUCCCCGACCAGUGCCAAAAUGGAGCCACCUGCAAUGACAACAUAGAGGGAUUCACCUGCACGUGCCCUGCAGGAUUUGAAGGUCAACUGUGUGAGACUGAAAUUGAUGAGUGUCUGAGUGACCCCUGCCGUAAUGGCGCCAUGUGUGUCGACCUUGUGGCUAGUUUUGACUGCAACUGCCUUCCAGGUUACACUGGAGUUCAAUGUGAGCUUGAGAUAGAUGAAUGUGCCUCUGAUCCUUGCUUUAAUGGAGCGACUUGCAAUGAUUACCUCAACUAUUGGAACUGUACAUGUGCACCAGGAUGGGAAGGGAGACGAUGUGGCAGGAACAUCGAUGAGUGCGCCUCUGAUCCUUGCCUCAAUGAGGCAACAUGUGAGGAUCUGGUCAAUGCGUAUGUCUGUGACUGCGCACCGGGUUGGGAGGGCAUUCACUGUGAGGGAGACAUCAAUGAGUGCUCUUUUGGCUUCUGCCAGAAUGGAGCAACCUGCUCUCAUGGGAUCAACUCUUACACCUGUAUGUGCCCUGAUGGAUGGCAGGGAAAGAACUGUUCAUUAGAGGUGGAUGAAUGUGCCUCCCAACCCUGUCUGAAUGGAGCAACCUGUGAGGAUGCAUUCCUCAGAUAUACCUGCUACUGCGCCGCUGGGUUUACUGGAGUGCACUGUCAAGAGGAUAUUGAUGAAUGUGCCUCUGAUCCUUGCCUGAAUGCUGGAACCUGCAUCGAUGAGGUUAAUGGCUACCGCUGUGAAUGCCUACCUAUCUGGUCAGGGAUCAACUGUGAGGUGGAACGUGAUGAAUGUGAAUCGAAUCCUUGUAGGAAUGGAGCGACUUGCAAUGAUCUGGUUGGCUUUUACACCUGCGACUGCGCUCCUGGUUUUGAAGGUGUGAACUGCGAAGGGAAUGUGGACGAGUGCGCCAGUUCUCCUUGUCGGAAUGGGGCUAUUUGCUUGGAUGGUGCCAACCGCUUCUCCUGCCGAUGUGCACCCGGCUUUAUGGGAGUUCUCUGCGAGGUGGAGAUCAACGAGUGCCUCUCUGGGCCAUGUAUCAAUGGUGCCACAUGCCAGGACCUUGUCAACAUGUUUGCCUGCGAUUGUCCUUUGGGAUAUGCUGGGAUCUUCUGCUCUCAAGACAAAGAUGAAUGUGCCUCACAACCUUGCCUUAAUGGUGCCACCUGUAUUGACUUCUUCAACCGCUACGAGUGCGAGUGUCCUCCAGGGUUCGAAGGAACAUUCUGCGAGACGGACAUAGACGAAUGCGUGAUUAACAACCAAUGCCAAAAUGGUGCAACGUGUGUCGAUGGUAUCAACAGUCAUACCUGUGUUUGUGGACAGGGAUUUGAAGGCACCUUUUGUGAACAAGAUAUCAACGAGUGUCUUUCAUCCCCUUGUGCCUUUGGAGGACAGUGUAAUGACCUUCCUGGAGCAUUCUCCUGUGACUGCCCUCCUAAUUUUACAGGAGUGCAAUGUGAAAUGGAUGUGAAUGAGUGCCUUCUACACAAUGGAGGAUGCCACCCUACACAAACCAAAGUGUGCAACAACACCUUUGGAGGAUUUCAAUGCUUGUGCAGUCCAGGUUUUGAAGGAGAAAUCUGUGACAUUGACAUCGAUGAGUGUGCCAGCAACCCCUGCCUCUUUGGAGGGGCCUGUGUGGAUGGUCCUAACUCCUAUUCCUGCCGGUGUGGAUCAGACUUCAUCGGAAGCCAGUGCCAGGCCCUGGUCAGGCAGUGUAACUUCAAUCCUUGUGGAUUCAAUUCUGUCUGUGUGGAAACUCCCUCAGGGGGUUAUACAUGUUACUGUCAGCCAGGAUACCACGGCACAGACUGCAUGAUGGAGAUCAAUGAAUGUAACUCGGAUCCCUGUAUGAAUGGCGCCCUCUGUACAGAUCAAGUCAACGGCUACAACUGUUCAUGUACUCCAGGUUAUGAGGGUAUAAACUGCCAAAUCGACACCCCAGAAUGUGCCAGCUUUCCUUGCCAGAAUGGGGGCUACUGUACGGAACCCACAGUCAAUGCUUAUGAUUGCCAGUGUAUACCAGGAUUUGAGGGAAUAAACUGCGAGAUCAACAUCGACGAGUGCUCCCUCUUUAAUCCAUGCCAGCAUUACGAGAUCUGUGUGGAUGGGAUCAACAGCUUCCGAUGCCAGUGUCCCAAUGGAUUUGAAGGCCCUAUGUGUGAGUUCACCAUCGAUUCUUGCUUCAGCAAUCCUUGUGUCAAUGGAGCAACCUGUGUGGAUGGUACAUACCGCUACGACUGUGUCUGCCCUUACGGUUACACUGGAAUCAAUUGUCAAAUUGACACCGAUGUGUGCGACCCACAGCCUUGCUUCCAUGGGGGUUCAUGUGUCAGGUUUCCGAGCAAUGGAUUGGACUUCACGUGUCAGUGUAAGGCAGGAUUUACAGGUCCUCGAUGUGAGGGAGACAUUUACGAUUGUCUGUCGGACCCCUGCCAGAAUAAUGGAACAUGCGUAGAGAACACCAACGGGAUAUCAGGGUUCACGUGUGAAUGCCAACCAGGAUAUGUGGGUCAUUUCUGUCAGGAGAUCUUUGUUCCUUGUUCAUCAGACCCCUGUAUGAACGGUGCCACAUGUCAAAAUACAACUAGAGGCUUUGAAUGCAUUUGUCGUACUGGUUGGACCGGCAUGGUGUGUUCAGACGAUGUGAACGAAUGCAUCACAUCCCCUUGUGAGAACACAGGCGUCUGUAACAACAUGAGAGGGUCCUACCAGUGCAUUUGCGGCCCAUACUGGAGUGGGGUCCACUGCCAGAAUGAUGUCUUAGAGUGUUCCAACAUCCCACCCAUCUGCCAGAAUGGAGGCUUAUGCAAGGAGCAGCCAGGGGCGGGCCCGGUUUGCGAGUGCAUAGCAGGCUUCGAGGGUCCUACCUGCGACAUGGAAGUAGAUGAAUGCUCGUCGGGGCCGUGUGUGAAUGGCGCCACCUGUCAUGACUUGGUGGGGAGCUUUUUCUGUGAAUGUGUCCCAGGUUACGAAGGGUCCUUGUGCCAGAUGGACAUUAAUGAAUGUGAGAGCUCUCCUUGUCAGAACAAUGCCACUUGUAUUGACCUUGUCAAUAGUUACGUGUGUACCUGCAUUGAUGGUUUCAAUGGUACAAACUGUGGAUCUGAGUUAGACGAAUGCUCCUCCAGUCCCUGUAGCAAUGGAGGUACUUGUAUCAAUAUGAUCAAUGGAUAUACUUGUGAUUGCGCCCCAGGUUUUCAAGGUAUCCACUGUAUGGUUGAGAUUGAUGAGUGUGCUUCCAACCCUUGUCUGAAUGGAGCAACCUGCAUGGAUCUCAUCAAUGGAUAUAACUGUACUUGCUCAGCUGGCUAUCAAGGGUUGAUCUGUGAUCAGGAGAUUGAUGAGUGCUCAUCAAAUCCUUGCAUGUUUGGAGUUUGCCAGGAUUUCUUGGACUUCUAUAACUGCACAUGUGAGCCUGGAUAUGAAGGAUUGCACUGUGAGCUGGACAUUGAGGAGUGUGCUUCAAAUCCCUGCAGCAAUGGAGCCACUUGCCUGGAACCACAGAUCAACAUUUACCAAUGCAGCUGUGCACCGGGUACCUUAGGUCCCUUCUGUGGUACCGUCAGUCAGGCCAGCUUUACCGGGUCAGGCUACAUCCAGCUACCACCCCUGGCCCAGCUGGCCCUGGAAGGCACCAGUAGUGGUGGUGUCGGAAGGCGCCGCCGUGCUGUGGAUAGGGUCACCAUUGAGUUCAGCUUUGUGACCACUUUAUCAGAGGGUGUUCUCCUCUACAAUGAAGGGUUGCAGUCCAAUGGCUACAUUGACCACCUUGCUCUUGAGCUGUAUCAAGGUUCAUUAGUGGCUUCCAUGAACAUCGGCAGUGAGUCCGUUACCACAACUGCCAGUGGGAAUCUCAACGAUGGCACUCCUCACAAGGCAGUACUAACCCUUGACGGGACAACACUCUCGGUCACAGUCGAUGAGGGUAGUUGCCCAGAGGAACCAUGUUCAGCCAGCAUACAACCGACUGCAGCAGGAGGCCCUCUAGAGUUGAACGAGGCUUUGAACGUUGGUGGCAUUGGACCAGAAGCAUCCCCAUACAUUUUAUCAAAGUUAAAGUCUGUGGAGAGCUUCAUUGGCUGUAUACAGGAUUUUAAGGUAAAUAACCAGCUCCAGAGUUUGUCCCAAGCUGCUCCCACCAACCUUUCACCUAACUCUAAUGCUACCUCUGGACCGACCCCUGGCUGUGUCGUCUCUACCCCUUGCCAGACCUCCCCUUGCCAAAACGGAGGCACUUGCAUUGACUUCUGGUUGUCCUACAAGUGUUCCUGCCCUCUUGGCUUCGAGGGCACCUACUGCGAGAUCCAGACCCUGGCCAGCUUCCAGUCCGAUCAGUUCCUGCACUUUGGAGCGGAUGCUGCAGGUUUGGCUGCCAACGCGGCUGUGGAUACUAUCAAGUUUUCCUUCACAGCAGGUAGCCCCGAUCAAGGCCUCAUCAUGUACAUGCCAUCUGGUCUAACUAUCUCCCAGGCUGGCAAUACCUCAUUAACCAUUCGGUUUUUGAGGCUUGGUGGAGUCUUGUCCAGUGAGAUCCCUGUUCCAGUCAGUAACGGUAGAUGGUAUACAGUAGAACUCAGCAUCGUUGAACAGCUUCAACUUGUGAUAAAAGUGACUGAUGUUGAAUCAGGAGUAAUCCAUCAAGGUACAAUAUUAGCACCGCCCUCUAUUGACCUUGCAAUGCCAGUCCUCUUUGGUAAGCUACAUCCUGGAGGUGUCUUUGUGCCACUGUCCACCAAUCUGCCAACAACUUCAAGUUUCACAGGAUGUAUCCGAGACCUGUAUGUCAAUGGCCGAGGGGUGGAGCUUCAGGAGGCCACACCGUAUGGAUCACGAAGUGACCCCCCUCAAGCUUCCCCAGGGUGCCCGAGGGAGGGGCAUUGCUUCCCCUCCCCCUGCCAGAAUUCAGGGACAUGCCAACCCAGCUGGGAGGGGUACACCUGCGACUGUACGCCAGACUUCUUAGAACCAAACUGCGCUGAAGCCUCAGCUUCUACCUACAAUGGACUAUCAAGCUACACUAGGAUGGUCUUAGACUCUGGAAUCCUAUCCUUUGGGGAUAGUUUCUCCAUAGAGUUCCGCACCAGGGACCAGUCCGGCAUCAUCUUACUGAUGCAGUUCUUUCAUCUCAGCGAUGGUCAGGUAGAUGACAUGGUUAUCCUCCUCGUCGAUGGUGUCCUCCAGCUGCAAACAUACUUUGAAGCAGACCUGAAGACGCUGAUUAUAUCCGACAACGUCACCAAUGCAGAGUGGCAGACUGUGUCAUUCGAUAGACACCAGUCCUACAUAACGGUACACCAUGGGGCGAAGAAUUACACCCUUGUAGGGAACUUCCCGAUUCAUAGUGAGACCAGGAAUCCCAUCAUCGCCAUGCUCUUAGGAGGGACAAACACACCAGGUUCCCCACCAGACAUGUUCUUCCAGGGCUGUAUCCGCAACCCCUCGGUCAAUGGUCAAAGACUUCACUACCUCUCGGACCAGACUAACCCCCAACCAGGCUUGACGGUCAACCGUCUCAGUGUUCAGAAUGGCUGCAACUCACUGUACGUUUGUAAUCCAGAUCCUUGUCCAUCAACGGCGUACUGCAUUGACCUGUGGAAUGACUAUCGGUGUGAUUGCAGAGAUGGAUGGGAAGGAGCCGACUGUGGCACAAGCAUAGACGACUGCAUUGGUAACCAAUGUCAGAGAGGUUCAACUUGUGUUGAUGGUCACAUGAACUAUACUUGUAUCUGUCCAGCUGGCCUGACUGACUCUCGAUGUAAUACUGAGAUCAAUGUUUGUGAAAACAACCCCUGUAAUGCUGAUACUACAGUGAGCUGUACCCUUGUCUUUCCAUUAGACUUCAUGUGCACCUGUCAACCUGGUUUCACGGGAAAGACCUGUCUGACAGAUGAAAGGAUCUGUACACAGAAUCCCUGCUUGAACGGUGGGGUUUGCGCUCAAAAUUAUGAAAACACAGAGUAUAACUGUACAUGUCCAGAUUUCUAUGAAGGAACGGACUGCCAGAUCUUCAACCCUUGUUUCCGUCAUGAAUGUGUUAACGAUGCUGAAUGCAUCAGGAAUGAAUCGUACUACCUGUGUAACUGCCAAGGCGGAUAUUACGGGAAUUUCUGCCAGUUGACUGAUGGUUGUUUUGCAGACCCAUGCCAGAAUGGAGGGACAUGUCUUAGAGAUGGCAAUAGCUACACCUGCCAGUGCAACAGAUACUACAGAGGACGCAACUGCGAAGAGCCUAUCAACCAGUGUGACGUCAAUCCUUGUGCCAAUGGAGGCUCUUGUUUCCACGAUCUGCAGAUGCCGGAGGUGAAUUUCACCUGUGUGUGCCUUGCAGGGUACACGGGUGACCUUUGUCAGUUUGACAUUGCAGAGUGUGAGUCCAACCCUUGCAAGAAUGGAGGGACCUGCAUGGAGAGUUUGACACCAGGACAACAUUUCUUUGUAGGUUACUUCUGCCAGUGUGUACCUGGUUACACUGGAACCCACUGUGGACAGGACAUAGAUGAGUGCAGCAGCUCACCUUGCAUCAAUGAUGGAACUUGCAUUGAUUUGGUCAAUCAGUACCAGUGCCAAUGUCCAAUGCAUUUUGGCGGGACAAAUUGCCAGCUUGAUCAAAGGACGUGUGGGUUAGGUUUAUGCCAGAAUAAUGCGACAUGCACAGACUUUCUGAAUGAUGGCUUUGAGUGCAAUUGUCCGCUGGGUUAUGGGGGAACCCUUUGUGACAUGAUCAUAAAUACGUGCGCCAACAACCCUUGCCUGAAUGGCGGAAGUUGCAGUUUUGUAGGACCAUGUGACUGCACCACAGCACCCAUGGGAUUGACGGAAUGUGGACAGAACGAAAACUGCCUGCGCAACCUGUGCUCACAGGCACAGGACUGCAGCGUAACUGCGGAUGCCUUCAUAUGCGACUGUACAGACACAGGCUACGAGGGUCGUCUUUGCGAAGAGGAUGUCAAUGAGUGCCUGUCGCCGGGAGUCUGUCUUAACGAAGGUCAAUGCAUCAAUGAAAAUGGAACGUUCUCAUGCAACUGCUCUGGGACAGGAUUCAGUGGUGACUUCUGCACUAGAAACAUAAAUGAAUGCGAGUCACAACCCUGUCUCAAUGGUGCAACCUGCAUAGACAAUAGACCAUUCUUUGAAUGCAAGUGUGCUUCUGGAUACGAAGGGCCACUCUGUGGAAUCGAUUCGGAUGAAUGCACCAGUCAGCCAUGCCAGAAUGGCGGGAAGUGUGAAGAUCGAGUGAACGGCUACAGCUGUGACUGUGUUAAUACAGGCUAUGAAGGAUCUCAAUGCAUAGUAGAUGUCAAUGAAUGUGAUAUUGGACAAGCUGAAUGCGAGAACGGAGCUACCUGCAGGAAUAUCGAAGGGUCAUAUGAGUGCAGAUGCUCAGGGCAAUUUACAGGUACACGGUGUGAGACAGCAUUGGCAGCUGUGGCAUCCAACCAGAUCGUAAUCAUUGUCCCGCUCGUCAUCGUGCUGGUCCUUCUGGUCAUUCUCAUCAUUUGUGGAUGGUGGUACCUGAGACAAUCCAGGAAGAUGAAAGGCAAAUACAACCCAGCCAAGGAAGAGUUAGAUGGAGGCAUGCCAUUGGCUGCUUUUGAACUGGAGACGGAUGAGAGGCUUAUAUGAGGGUUUCUGAUUGGUGGGUUGAGGAAGGUGUGGGCCCAGCCAAGGAAGAGUUAGAUGGAGGCAUGCCAUUGGCUGCUUUUGAACUGGAGACUGAUGAGAGGCUUAUAUGAGGGUUUCUGAUUGGUGGAUUGAGGAAGGUGUGUGCCAAGCCAAGGAAGAGUUAGAUGGAGGCAUGCCAUUGGCUGCUCUUAAACUGGAGAUUGAUAAGAGGCUUAUGUGUGAAGGUUUGUGAUUGGUGGAUUUAGGAAGAUAUGGGCCAAGCUAGUUAGGCCAAGGCAAGAAAUAAUUAGAUGGAGGCAUGCCAUUGGCUGCAUUUGCAUUGGAGGUGGAUGAGAGGCUUAUAUAAGGCAUUCUGAUGGGUGGAUUAGGGAAGAUGUGGGCCAAGCCAGAAAAAAAAGAGACGUAGGCAAGCCAUUGGCUUAUUUUCAGCUGAACACAGAUAUAAAGUCAUGUAUGGGUUCAUCAUCAUAGUAAUUGAUUUAAGAUAACCUAUGAAACACUUCAGUACUAAGUUAUCAUUCUCUGACAGUUUACCGGUGCAUCUUGGCCAAAUAAUACCAAGAUUUUCACAGAAAUUAUAAGAGCUGACAAAUUACUAGUAGUCAAUGCUGACAACUUCAAUAGAACACCCCAGGUCAACAAGCCAGUAGAAAUCACAAUAGUGUAUAUCCAGCUGCAUUGAAGAGCAGUUUGUAACUUAUUU